AUGAAGAUAAUUUCUGUAGCUUUGUGCAUUACCUUCAUAUUUCUUCUUGAGUUCUCAUAUGGGUAUUCAGAUCUUGAUGCUCUCUUGAAGCUCAAAGCUUCUAUGGUAUUGACACCCACCGGGUCAGGGUUAUACGACUGGAAAGCACCCAAGCGUAACUCCAGUCAUGUUUCCAAUUAUUCAAAUUUACAUUGUUCAUUUUCUGGAGUUUCAUGUGACGAAAACUCACGUGUUACGUCGCUGAACAUAUCCAAUACUCCUCUAUCAGGGACAAUCCCUAAGGAGAUUGACAUUUUAAACAAGCUAGUGAAUCUCAUCCUCGUAUGUGAUAAUCUAACUGGUGAAAUCCCGUUGGAGAUGAGUAAUCUUACUGCCAUUAGAUUCAUUAAUUUAUCAGCCAACUCUUUUACUGGUGAGCUUCCAGGCGUCGUCCUGGCAGGCAUGACUAAGCUAGAGGCGUUUGACAUUUUUAAUAAUAGUUUUAGUGGGAAGCUGCUAGUGGAGGUUGCUAAAUUGAAGAAUUUGAAGACACUUUCACUGCAAGGUAAUUUUUUCCAUGGGGAAAUCCCUGAGGAAUACUCCGAGUUUGCUAAAUUACAGAGGCUAGAUUUGUCAGGAAACGAGCUUUCAGGAAGGAUUCCUGGGAUCUUGUCAAACAUAUCGACUCUUAGGGAGCUUUGGCUAGGAUACUACAAUCGCUAUGAUGGGGGAAUACCGCGAGAUUUUGGUUAUUUCAAGAAGUUAGAACUUCUUGACCUCGCAUCCUGUAAUCUAUCCGGGAAAAUUCCCGACAGCCUUGGGAAUCUUAAGAUGUUACAUACACUGUUUGUUUUUGGCAACAAUAUCACGGGUGAAAUACCACCAAGCUUGUCGGGAUUAGUGAGUUUGAAAUCGCUUGGUUUCUCCCGUAAUCAACUUACGGGUAGAAUACCAAAUAGUUUCUCAGAAUUGAAGAAUUUGACAUUACUGAGUUUGUUCCAUAACCAUCUGGAAGGUCCUCUCCCUCCUUUUAUAGGAGAUCUCCCGAAUCUGGAGAAGCUUCAAUUAUGGGACAACGACUUCACGUCAUCACUUCCGGAGAAUCUGGGCCGUAACGGCAAGCUACUAGAAGUUGACGUCUCACAAAACCGCUUCACUGGAAUGAUUCCGCAAAAUUUGUGCAAAGGAGGGAAGUUCCAUGGGUUGUUUCUAAUGGAAAAUUCGUUCAUUGGGCCACUGCCUGCUCAAGUUGGAAGUUGCAAGUCAUUGACCAAUAUAAAAAUGAACGAUAAUUACUUCAAUGGAUCUAUUCCAGUCGGCAUCUUCAAUUUGCCGGAACUCCUCAUGCUUGAGAUCAGUAAUAACAAUUUUAGCGGCGAGCUUCCUGCCGAAAUGUAUUGUCCCUCUCUUUUAGUUCUUUCGAUAUCGAACAAUAGGAUCACAGGAAAAAUACCUUCAGGGAUGAAUGGUUCUGUUAAUCUACAAAUGCUCUCCCUCGAAUUAAAUGGCUUUGUUGGUAAACUCCCAGAAGAACUUUUUAAUCUGAAAAGUUUGUAUACGAUUAAUCUUGGUGGCAACAAUCUCACUGGUGUCAUUCCAGAUUCCGUUGGUAAUUGUUCGGGUUUAAUUACUGUAGAUUUUAGCCGAAAUAAUAUAUUUGGUGAAAUUCCGAAAGGUUUUAUGAAUUUGCUAAGGUUGAGCAACCUCAAUCUCUCACGAAACAGACUGAUAGGAGACAUUCCGAGCAUAUUAGGUCACAUUAACAGCUUGACGACGUUGGAUCUUUCGUAUAAUAAAUUGUCAGGUACAGUCCCCUCAGACGGACGACUACAAGAGUUCAAUGACGCGAUAUUUGCUGGAAACCCUAACCUUUCUUUAUCACAUACAACGCACAGCCCACGGAAAUCUAAAGACGAGCAAAUCAUCAUAUCGAAACUCUUGAUCAUCCUAAUCAGCACGGUUGCCUUAUUCAUGACAUUGAUAUUCUUCGGUGCAUUAAUAUCAAUCAUAUGUAUAAAAACGAAACGGGGCAAUAGAUCUGAAACAUGGAAACUUACCACAUUUCAGAAGUUAGGUUUUAAAGUUGAAGACAUUCUGGAGUGCUUGAAAGAAGAGAACAUGAUUGGGAAAGGUGGUGCUGGAACCGUGUACCGUGGUUUGAUGCCCAACGGUGUUGAUGUUGCUAUCAAGCGUCUAAAUGGUCGAGACUAUGGGUUUGAUGCAGAGAUCAAAACGUUAGGAAGAUAUAAACACAGGAACAUAGUGAGAUUACUUGGAUUUGUAACAAAAGGAGAAAUCAAUCUUCUAAUUUACGAGUACAUGUCUAAUGGGAGUUUAGGUGACAUUUUGCAUGGACCAGGAGGGGAACAUUUGCAAUGGGAAGCAAGGUACAAAAUUGCAGUGGAGGUGGCAAAGGGAUUGUGUUACCUUCACCACGAUUGCUCACCGAUUAUCGUACAUCGAGAUGUGAAAUCAAAUAACAUACUGUUGGAUUCUGAUUUUGAGGCUCAUGUAGCUGAUUUUGGUCUUGCCAAGUUCCUGAGGCGCUCAGGUACUUCCGAGUACAUGUCAUGUAUUGCUGGAUCAUUUGGAUAUAUUGCCCCAGAGUAUGUACACACCUUGAAGGUAGAUGAAAAAAGUGAUGUCUAUAGUUUUGGAGUUGUGCUUCUUGUAAUGAUAUCAGGUAAAAAAGCAGUAGGGGAGUUUGGUGAUGGGGUGGAGAUUGUUAGGUGGGUUCGAGAGACGAUUUCAAAGAACCCUCGACCAACAGAUUCUUCUGUCGUGUUGUCUUUAUUGGAUUCAAGGCUCAGUGGUUACAGUCUCUCAAGUGUGGCACAUGUGUUAAAGAUCUCAAUGAUGUGCGUGAGAUACGAAAGCACAACUAGGCCUAGCAUGAGGGAAGUCGUCUACAUGUUGACAAAUAAUCCUCCACUCGGGGACACAAUUGUGGCAUAA